UUUUAUUUUUUUAUUUUUCCACUUUUAAAAACCUCGUAAUCUCCUCCUCCUCAAAAAAGAAAAGAGGGAGGGAAAAAAGAAAAAAGAAAACACUAGAACCUCUGUUAAAUCUCUAAUCCUCAUCCAAAAGUUAUCGCGAUCGAGCAAUGGCUUCCCUUCUCGAAUCUGGAUGGCAGGACUUAAUAAAUAAUUUCAGUGAUUUUCAAUUGGCUACCCUGGGCUCCUUCAUAAUCCAUGAAAGUGUGUUUUUCUUGUCCGGACUUCCAUCUGUAUUCUUCGAGAGAUUAGGACUUUUCAGCAAAUACAAAAUUCAGAAAAAGAGUAACACCCCAGCUGCUCAGGAAAGAUGCAUAUUUCGUCUAAUCCUUUUCCAUCUCUGUGUGAAUUUACCUGUUAUGUUUCUUUCCUACCCUGCCUUCAGAUACAUGGGCUUGAAAAGCAGUCUUCCAUUGCCUCACUGGAGUGUUAUCGUAUCUCAGAUAGUUUUCUAUUUCAUCAUAGAGGAUUUCAUAUUCUACUGGGGGCAUAGGGUGCUGCAUACAAAAUGGUUAUACAAGCAUGUCCACAGUGUUCAUCAUGAAUAUGCUACUCCAUUUGGAUUGACUUCUGAGUAUGCUCAUCCUGCUGAGAUAUUGUUCCUUGGCUUUGCCACCAUCAUUGGUCCUGCCAUUACAGGACCUCAUCUAUUCACUCUGUGGCUAUGGAUGUCAGUGAGAGUCUUGGAAACUGUUGAGGCUCACAGUGGUUACCACUUCCCUUGGAGCCCUGCAAACUUCUUACCUUUGUAUGGUGGGGCUGAAUUUCAUGAUUUCCAUCACCGCGUGCUUUAUACCAAGUCUGGAAAUUAUGCAUCAACUUUUAUCUACAUGGACUGGCUAUUUGGCACUGAUGAAGAUUACAGGAAGCAGAAAGCACUACAGAGCGAAGGCAAAGAACUCUGAGAAACGAGCUGAGUGGUUCCCUUUUCGUGGUUGUAUUUUUAGACUUUGCUAUAAAACCCUCUCCAUCAUGGGAUGAAAGUUCGUAGAUAUGAGACACGGUAAAAAUGUCUGAACGUAUAUUUGGAAAGUACCCCAAGCUUCCAUAUAUUGAAUCUUUCAUGAGUAACUGAUGCCACAUAGGCUCUCACCCAUUUAGCAGAAAAUUAUAUCCUACAACGGAAUAACUGAUACAAGUGACGGCUCA